AUGUCCCUCCAGUAUAUGUCCCUCCAGUAUACAUCCCUCCAGUAUAUGUCCCUCCAUUAUACAUUCCUCCAGUAUAUGUCCCUCCAGUAUAUGUCCCUCCAGUAUACAUCCCUCCAGUAUACAUCCCUCCAGUAUAUGUCCCUCCAUUAUACAUCCCUCCAGUAUAUGUCCCUCCAGUAUAUGUCCCUCCAGUAUACAUCCCUCCAGUAUACAUCCCUCCAGUAUAUGUCCCUCCAUUAUACAUUCCUCCAGUAUAUGUCCCUCCAUUAUACAUUCCUCCAGUAUAUGUCCCUCCAUUAUACAUUCCUCCAGUAUACAUCCCUCCAGUAUUCAUCCUCCAGAAUACAUCCCCCAAUAUACGGUCCCUUUAAACAUCCCCCCAGUAUACAUCUUUCCAGUAUACGCCCCUUUAAUAUAUGUUCCCCAGCAUACAUCCCCCAAUAUACAUCCUCCCAGUAUACGUCCCCCGUAAACAUCCCCCCAGUAUACGUCUCCACAGUAUAUAUCCCCCCCAGUAUACAUCCCCUCCUGUGUACUUCCUCCUAG